AUCACUAACUUUUCAGAUGUGUUAAUGAAUGUGGAACAAAAGCAGUUGUGUUUAAAGAGGAAAAAAGGACCAUCAAAAUAACCUUUACUAUAGUAGCAGGCUUGAACACUAAAUGAAUUAUUCCAAAUUGUGGUGUCAAAAUAACCUCCUUUAGAGACUAGCCUCUAGAAAACCUAUUGUUGAACUGCUCUGAAGCUAUCAUUUCAGUUACUAAUGACUAUUCUUAAAAUUUUUUCUAUGCCCAGUCACAUAGUAGAAUUUUUAGUCUUUUUUGUUUUAAGCCAAAUUAAAAUAGUUUGAACAAACUCUUACCCCAUGUUAAAAUGACAGUAUUUAGUUGACUUUGAGGUAAGCACUUCAAAGUAAGAUGUCUGAAAGGGGUAAUACUUAACAUUUUUGUUAUCGAAGUGAAGAAUAAAUAAUCACUUCCAAAACGAAUGUUUUCCCAUGUUGCAGGCAUGUGAACAGCCUGCAGAGGUGUGUACAGUCUCUCUUGUUACCUACAGUUUCCGCUUCAGUAACUCAUCAGUAGGUUUUCAUUCAUCAAUGAUGAUACCAAUUUAAAGCUAAAAUAAAGCACCUACAUUUCUUAGGAUUUAUCAUUCUAUCUAGAGUAAAUAUCCCUGAGAGCUUUUUCUUUCUUUUUCCCCCCAAAAGAGAUUCUAAGCAACAUAAUUGUAACUAACAUCUGUAAUUUUGUUACUAGAACUAGUAACCUUUCUUUUUCUUAGAUUCUAUAAAGUUUCCAGUAGACAGGCAUAUUUGAUUAGCAAAAGUUGGAUGCUUCUGUUGCUUAGGUGGUGUAUUGUGUUACAUGAAGAGAAUGAAUUUAAAUGCACCCAGAUUGCCAGUAAAAGCAGAGUACUUGGAGCCAUGGGACCUUUGGAGGCAUUAAAGUUGACAUUUCAUUUAGGCAAUGUGCCUUUGUUUGACUGGUGUGUAAGUCCUUCUUCCAGGUUUGUACGCUCUCAAACACGCUAUUCUACCCUCUCUAACUCCUCCCAGCAGCAAAAGGGAGACACUUCAACUGGAACAAAAUAGUGGAAGAAAUGGCGUCUGGGGUUCAGUGGGGACUCGCAGUGUGAGACACUACUCGUCAACGAAUCAAAUUCAGUGAUGAUAGAGUAUGCAAGAGUCACCUUCUCAACUGUUGCCCCCACGAUGUCCUCUCUGGAACCAAGAAGAGAGACAUCACAGCACUAGAUCUUUCUGUGGUUUUAUCCUGGGGUUUACCUUGUUCCUGGAGCAUGCAUUCUAUUCAAGAAUGGAUCUUGGAGAAUGUCUGAAAGUCCAUGACCUGGCUUUAAGAGCGGAUUAUGAAAUUGCAUCCAAAGAUCAAGAUUUUUUCUUUGAACUGGAUGCUAUGGAUCACUUGCAGUCUUUCAUUGCUGAUUGUGAUAGGAGAACAGAAGUGGCUAAGAAAAGGUUGGCAGAAACUCAAGAAGAGAUUAGUGCUGAAGUGGCUGCAAAGGCAGAACGUGUUCAUGAAUUAAAUGAAGAAAUUGGUAAAUUAUUGGCCAAAGUGGAACAACUAGGAGCUGAAGGGAAUGUGGAAGAAUCCCAGAAAGUAAUGGAUGAAGUAGAGAAAGCGCGGGCAAAGAAAAGAGAAGCAGAGGAAGUUUAUCGGAAUUCUAUGCCAGCAUCCAGUUUCCAGCAGCAGAAACUUCGCGUCUGUGAAGUUUGCUCUGCCUAUCUAGGUCUUCAUGAUAAUGACAGAAGACUGGCUGAUCACUUUGGCGGUAAACUGCACCUUGGAUUUAUUGAAAUAAGAGAGAAGCUUGAGGAAUUAAAGAGAGUUGUAGCUGAGAAGCAGGAGAAAAGAAACCAGGAACGCCUGAAACGAAGAGAAGAACGGGAGAGAGAAGAAAGAGAAAAGCUGAGGAGGUCUCGGUCACGUAGCAAGAAUCCCAAAAGAUCCAGAUCCAGAGAACAUCGCCGACAUCGGUCUCGCUCCAUGUCACGGGAACGCAAGAGGAGGACUCGGUCCAAGUCCAGGGAGAAACGCCAUCGUCAUCGUUCCCGCUCCAGCAGCCGAAGCCGAAGCCGCAGCCACCAGAGGAGUGGGCACAGCUCUAGAGACAGGAGCAGAGAGCGAUCCCGGAGGAGAUCCUCAAAAGAAAGAUUCAGAGACCAAGACUUAGCAUCACGUGACAGAGACAGGAGUUCAAGAGACAGAUCACCUCGUGACAGAGAUCGAAAAGAUAAGAAGCGGUCCUAUGAGAGCGCUAAUGGCAGAUCAGAAGACAGGAGGAGCUCUGAAGAGCGCGAAGCAGGGGAGAUUUAACUAGUUGUGUCCAUGACCUCAAUCCUUAAGCUUCCUAUGGAGUCACGUACUAGUGUUUAGUUUACAGCUGUUCUGAGUGACCCAGUGAGCAGUUCCAUACACCGAUCCAGCUAGGCUAGAAGUAUAGUCUCUAACUUUAUUUGAAUCGAACUCUCAUUUCCUUAAUGAAACCUAAAACGACAUCCAUAGUUUCUGGUGGGACCUGUAAUACAACUCUGCGAGUGACGUUUUAUGUAAGACACCAGUGUCUUCAUUCUUUCUAGUAGGAGUGAUAGUGAACAAAUUUUGUGUUACUUGCCUUGGGAUUUUUUGAACAUUUGUAAAAAGCUGUCUUCCUUUCUAGUCCAAACAGCAGUAGCUUUGGGAAUUUUUCUUUUUCUUCUUUGACUUUUGUAUCACAUAAUACCUCCGCUCUCUAACUGUAAGAGGUAGGGGGUAGGGUAGCAAUAUAACUUGUGUUCUGAGAUUCCUAUCCACAUUAUUAAUUACUAGCUGAUCGCAGUGCAGAGCAUUAUACUGGAAUGUGUGUUGGAGAAAUUUAAAAUAUUGGGCUUUUCUGUUUGUUUAACGGUGCCUAUUAGAAUUGGGAGUUGAACAACUGUUGCAUUACAUACUUUUGCUUUUUUAUUGAAACUUUGAAAUCAAAACAUGUCUUGAUUUUUCUGUUGUAUUGAAUUGCUAUGUUCCGAAUGUUUCAAAAAGGAGGUGGGGGCAGGGUCUCUUUCAUAAGCACUUCUUGUUUUAUUUUGUGUGUUUGGAGUAUAAUGACUACAUCUUUAUUGUAAAAUAAUAAGAAUAAGAAUAAUAAAAUGAAGCAAGCAGUCACCACCCCCAACAUUAAACUGUAACUUGUCUAGUAAAUUGUCACUAGAACUA